AUGGGUCUGCUUGGAAAAAGCUUCACUUCCAAAUUGAAAACAAUCACCACACUUGCUGUUUCUAGGAUUGUUAUCUUGAAGAACCAACACAAAGUUCGAGCCUCCUAUGCCCGGUCUGAUGUUGCUCAACUCUUGAAUCUUGGUAACCAUGACCAUGCUCUACUUCGUGUGGAGCAAUGGAUAACUGAGCUAAACAUGUUGGACUUGUUUGUUAUGAUAGAGAAUUAUUGCAAUUUCCUGAGAGAAAAAGCUGAAUUACUUGAAAAGAACAAGGAGUGCCCCGAUGAGCUCAAGGAAGCAACAUCCAGCCUUAUCUUUGCAUCCUCAAGGUGUGGAGAAUUUCCAGAGCUGCGCAAAAUACAAGAGAUUUUCACAUCAAAAUUUGGGAAAGAAUUUGCAGAACAUGCUGUCGAGUUGCACACAAAUAAUAGAGUGAACUCUAAGAUGAUACAAAAGCUUUCCCCAAGACGCCCGGCCAUGGAAAUCAGAAUGAAAGCACUAAAGCACAUAGCUACAGAAGUUGGAGUUACUUUGCAUUUGGAACAGGACCCCAUAUUGAUAACUGCGAAUAAGUUGAACGUUGACCGAAGGCAGGAGGAACUGGGAACCAGGAAAUGGGGUAGUGUUGAUGAUCCUAGGCAUAAAGAAAAUACCAAAGAUGAUCCUGAUAAAAUAAUCCAGGAUGUGGAUUUAUCUGAUAGGAACGAGGAAAAGAAGAGAUACAAGGAUACAGCUGCUGCUGCUGCUGAAGAAGCUUUGGAAUCAGAAUCUUUUGGGAUUGAAGUCAGUAAACACUCAAAUCAUAGAGUUGCACUCGGCAAGGUGAAUGUGCAUCCCAUGGUGAGCUCAAGUUCUAAAAAUGGGGAUGAAGGCAUUUCAAUGAGCAACCAUGGUUUUGAUCUUAAAGAAUUGGAAGGGAGAGAAAUCAAAAAACAAUUUACAUGUGAAGAAUCUCAUUUAAGUCAAAAUCCAAGAGAUGAUACAAAAACCUCAGGGAAUACAGAGUUAGUUUCCAAGGAACACGUGGAGGAACAUACAAAUAGACGAGGCAACAUGCUUGGUGAGUUAGGCUCAGCCAAGAGCUUCCUAAUUGAUAAUAAUGAUCACAACAGUUCUGAUGUAGCAACAGCACAGGAACACUUGAGUGAAGAAACAGCCCACACUUCUUACCAUGCUAUAAGAUGGAAUCCACAGAGGUCUCAAGCUGAUCCUGCUGUAAAUCCUGUAGUAAGAAAACCAGUGAUGGAAAGCACAGGUCGAACAUAUUUUCAAAAGGAGAUACAUACGCAUGAUGAACAUGUUGACCGGAAGAUGUCAAUGAGGACCAAAUCAGCACAAAGAUGA